AUGAAGCCAGAUCUUCUCAGAAUGCAGGAAGUUGCAUUGAUUUAUCUUGACAAGAGUGGUGGCCUUCAGAAAUUUGUGAAUGCCUGCAAAUUAUACAAUGAAUCAAAGCAAAGUUAUGCCGUUUUCCGGUUUCCUAUAUUGAUAAAUCCAUCUGAUAUUAUUGAGUUGGAUGCUACCCUUGGAAAUUACAUUUUGCAUAAACCUGUGAAGGCCACUCAGAUUUUUCAGUCUGUGUGUUUUACAGCAGUUAAAACACUGUCACUAAUUCAGCAGCUGCAGACUGAAGCUCAGAUGAGCAUAGUGCUGAAACUAACACAUUUACCUUCCCUGCCCAGUUAUAUUUUCAGUCUUUGCAAAUUUCCAUUUGAUUAUACUUCUCAGAGAUUUUAUAUGGCAGAGGGAAUAGUUGUUGCAAUGUCCACUGUAACAAAAUAUACACAAGGAGCAAGAUUUGUUUGUUGUGAUGAAAAGUGUCCAUUUUCUGAAGGAUUUCAGUAUAUAAGAGUUCAUACUCCUGGAGCGACAGAAUCUGCAACAGUGAGAAACAAUUUUGUGUGCACUUUGUGUACUUCACCACUGCGGGAAGAUAUGAAAUACAGAGUACUUGGUGAUAAGCAGAUUAUUGAAAUAGUUGAUACUAAAGCAAUUAGUGCUUUUCAAGGAUUUUCCAGCAGUAAAACCCCUUUCAGAUUUCAAUCUUUCACAGUUUUUCUAAGAGAUGAACUAUCUCAUAAAAUGGAAAUAGGAAACAGGUACAAAGUUAUAGGAAUUCCAGUCUGUAUGCCAAGCUGCAUACAAAUCACACUUUGCCUGGAAGCCAACAGUAUACAUCUCUGUAAUCUCACAGGCCCUUCGCAGAUCAGUGAAAAAUUUAAGUAUCUGCUUUCUUUGACUUCAAAGUCGUGUUGGAGAUUUACAGCUCUUCUGGCCAAUAGUUUUGCUUCACAAGUACUUCCACCAGGCAUUAACAACACUCUCAAACUAGCUAUAUUGUUAAGUCUAGUACAGACAAGUGACAAAAAUGACUUAACAGCAGAUUACCUGGAUAUUUUGGUAUUGACGAAUGAUUCGUUAAUAUUAGAGAGAGUUAUGAAUUACAGCAUUAGUCUUGUUCCCCGGGGCAUACGGCAUAUUCCAUCUGGUGAAAUUUUUCCUACUGUGUCCAAAGAUAAGCAUGGAACUGGAACUGCAAGCAUUCAGGCUAAUAGUGCUUUGCUGGCGAAAGGGGGAGUAUGCUUCAUUGGAGAAUUGUCUUCACAUAGGAAGGAUAAGCUUGAACAGUUGCAGUCAGUACUUGAAGGAAGAACAACUACUAUAUUCAUCCCUGGAAAGAAAUAUGGAGAAGAAAAUGAUCAGCAGGUUACCCUUCCAAUUCAAACCAGUUUUUGGUCAUUUAUUGAUGUGGAAGCUUCUUGCAAAAAGCAUAUCCAAAGAGAUAAUACUCUAAUAGGCCAAAUGGAUUUAAGCUCUAUUUCAGCUAACAUUAUAGAUGCUUUUUGGCUUCUGAUACACUGCAAUGAAUCAGCAUUUUCCAAUCCAGUUCUUCCUGUUGUGAAUCUCCUUUUAAAAAAGGCAAUCAAUCCAGAAGAUGCAGUCUAUGCUAUCUCCAAACAGUAUAGAACACAAGAUUAUGAGGAGUUCCUUGCUUUCUCCAAAAACUUGCAUGUGGAACUCUGUUCAGAAGCAGAAAGGCUGAUUCACGGUUACUACUUAGCAAGUCGCAGAGUCAGAACACAUCCUGUUCAUGGAUCAAAUCUCUCAGCAACUGCACUGAAUAUCUUGAUUUCACUGUCUAAAGCACAUGCUAAGCUGAGUUUAAGAAGAGAAGUACUUGAAGAAGAUGUUUUGAUUGCUGUAUUAUUAUUUGAAUCAUCUCUCACUUUAAAAUACGGUGCUUCUGUGUUUUGCGUGGCCCCAAAUGCUGUGUUUCCAUUUGAACUCAAUAGUGAAAACUCUCUGAAUCAAAGGGAUAUUUACUUGAUGCAGUGCCAUCAACAGUUGAAACAAUUCGUUGCUACAUAUGGACCUGCAACAGAUGUUCUUAUUAGUGAAGAUUAG